AUGGGACUGAAUACUGAAAAAAAUGAAGCAACAAACCAAUCUAAAAGUGGUGUGUUGCUGUCUGCGGAAGAACCUCAUAGCGCGGAACUAUUGCCGACUGACCGUUCUAACAAACAUCCAACACAGAAAUGCUCCUGGCAAUCGUUGAUAGCAUCCACUUCAAUUUCAAUUCCAGCUAAUGCUGCUCAUUUUACAACUAAGAUAUUCCUUUCUUUUCAUAUAAUUGUAUUGAAUAUAAGGAUCAAAGAUGGAAAGGCUGUUGCCCUGAAAGGCUCGGUAACGGCUGUGGGGAUUGGAAUCGACCAAACGGCUAUUGAUCAACAAAAUGAUGCUCGCAAUGUUUCUACCUCCAAAAUAAGCCCAGCAGAAAUUAUCAGCCCAAUGGACAAAUUUAGUACAUCCAGUGGAACAUGA